GAUUCUGCCAUACACAACUUCAUCCCCCCCUGGCACCAAAGGGAAUGAGACCACGCUAACGGCGCUUAGAGUCGAUCUGAUACGAUCCAAGAUGCGACUCCUCAACGCCAAAAGCCACAAAUUCGAAGAGUUCUACGACGAUGAGACACCGCAGUACGCCAUCCUCAGCCACACCUGGCAGCGGAAGCAAGAAGUCACAUAUCAGGAGUGGCUCAACCCGACAGUGGAAGUGCGAGCGAGGUCCGGGUUCCGCAAGAUAUGCCAGGCAUGCGAGCAGGCUCUGAGAAAUAAUCACGAGUGGAUCUGGAUCGACACCAACUGCAUCGACAAGUCCAGCUCGGCAGAGCUUUCCGAGGCUAUCAACUCCAUGUACGCCUGGUACCGCGACGCAGCGGUCUGCUACGUCUACCUCGAAGAUGUGCCGCCAGCGCUCGUGCAGGAUGACGUCUUGCUGCGCUUUCGAGAGAGCAGGUGGUGGGCGCGCGGUUGGACGUUACAGGAACUUUUGGCUCCGGAGCAGCUCGUAUUCUUCGCGCUGGACUGGUCAUCCAUCGGCGAUCGCGGCGAGCUAGCCAGCGAAAUUGAACAUAUUACCGGUAUCAGAGCACGAGACUGCAAGUCGGAAGUACGGACUGCGAGCGUGGCCCGGAAGAUGUCUUGGCUAUCACAGCGGCAGACAACAAGGGUCGAAGAUCUGGCCUACUGCAUGCUUGGAAUAUUCGACAUCAACAUGCCCCUGUUGUAUGGAGAAGGAUCGAAGGCCUUUAUCAGACUACAGGAGGAGAUUAUCAAGAAGUACGCAGACCUUACGAUCUUUUGCUGGACACGGGACGAGUCGACACUGCCAGACUGGCUUGGGAUGUUGGCACACAGUCCUCGGGCCUUUGCCCAGUCUGGUGGUUUCCAUCUGAGUAGGUCGGUGCGACUGAUUACGCCUUGGUCGAUCACGAACCAAGGCUUAUCCAUUAGCUUACCAGUGAUACACACAUUCAAGGGUGCGUUUCUAUAUCUAUACGGGGUGAACAUAGUAAGCACAGGAGUGCCUUACCACGUCGUCGCGAUACCCAUCAGUGCCCACGACCAGGUCUGUUAUCGCUUGACGUUACCACGCGGGCCGAUCGCGUUGACAGAGGCACCAUUCGACAAGGUAUUUCCAGUUUCAGAGCGAGCUCUGCCCAGACUCCUUCUACUGCCCACUCGCGACAGCUCACUUCCAGUAAGCGACGGCCUCCAAAGCACGAAGCAGCUCAAAGACACAUCCACGCCAUCAACAGCUAGUGUCCUGCUCCUGAUCGAUGCGAAUGCACCUGGGUUCUUUCCCAUGCAUGUCGCUAGCCAUGAUGAUCAGAGGCACCGAUUGCUAGAUCAGGGUCUGUCUAAACUUGGCGACUGCAUCUGCGCCCCGAGCGGUUGCUCGGCAGAUCUAACGACUGGGCUGGUGAAGCUUUCCGAGGUUGUUGUGGGACAGCGGUGCCUUCUAGCCGGUGCGCUUGAGUUGUUCUCCGUCUCCGGGGGUCUGGGGGAGAUCAAGAUCCGGCUGUUUCUGGCAUUUGAGCGCCCUUCGGCUGGCGACCUAGAGGUCACGGAGCACUACUGUGAUACCACGGCUUUCACGAUUCCCUCGCCGUCAGGGAAUUUGCAACAAGAGAAAGCUCCAGCUUGGAACACAGCUGCUCUAGAGAGGUGGUACUUUGAGAAACUCGAUGAUCUCCGCACGGGGAACACGGCGCAAAAACCGGGUUUCUUUUGGAGCACAGAUGGCUGGUGUCAACUCAAGAUCCUGUCGGAUCUGGCGCAGACCACUGACCAGGCGCUCAUUACUGUUGUGCUAGCUGGGGGAAAUCCAUUUUUGUAUGCCGACUAAGACGCAAAGCCCGUCGUUGGUCCCAAGGCACCAUAUAGGAGUAUACGAGAGUAGAUGAUGAGUCAAUGUCGAUGAUCUGCUUGCCAAG